CUUCUGUGCACACGUCUGGAACACUGCCAGUGAACGAAUCUCCGACUUCCUCCACUAGAAGUAUGAGUGGCCAAAUGGUGUCACCUAACGUCAGAGCACGAUCACGGGCUUGCGACUUUUGCAGGAAAAGAAAGAUACGAUGCGAUGGCUACGAAUCAUCAAGUACUCGCUGUUCUCCUUGCCUCGAGUAUGGUAAUGAUUGCACCUAUCUCAAUCCUACGGGCCGACGCCGAGAUCAUAGCAUGAGAGACGUCCAGUAUCUGGAAGCUCGUGUUAAACAUGUGCAGGCUCUCAUAGUCAAGCAUCUUCCGGAGCAUUAUUCCCUCCCAAGAAAGGAUUUGACUUCCAAUGAACAGUCAUCACCGGAGCUGGGGGCCAGUUUCGAUCUCAUCUGGAACAAUCCGAAUUUUGACAAAAUAUUUCAAGACUUUCUGCCCCAGGAGGAAUGUGCCAGAGGGGAGGAAGCAAUUCAGAGUAUUCCAUUCCAGCUUAACUGCAACCAUCCAGAGCAUGUCCACCGCUACCACGGUGAAGCCAGCGGCUUGAAUCUUAUUCAGACAGCUGACGAGAUCAAAAGGGACACUAUUGGGCUCCAGGCCAGUGCUAUCGAUCGGGUAAGACCGGCCGAGGUGGAAAGUGUAAGUUGGAGGGAGGCGGUAUAUGGGAACCCCGAAGGCGCGGCGCUUCCCCGAGUUUUCGCGUUCCCCACUCCCGAUCUCGCUCACGAACUCUUUGAGCUGUUUUUCCGUUUUUUCCAUCCAUUCUUUCCCAUCCUCCACCGUCAAACUUUUGAAUCUCAGUACGCCGAUGGUUUGCACAAACGAGACCAUGAUCAGGCUGUACUUCUUCAGUCUGUUUGCGCUGUAGCUGCUAUUUACUCUAAUGACCCAAGGGUGUACGGUCCUCUGGCCGGUCGCCAGGUUCGGGGUAUGAGGUAUAUGCGCGACGCCGUUCUAAGAGAAUGCUCUUUUCGCGCUGCCACCUUGCAGGAUCUUCAAGCUCUAAUUUUGCGAAUAUUCUACUCGCAAUAUUUGGGAGAGGCUCAUCAAGCAUGGGUUCAAACAGGUAUUGCCAUUAGGCAUGCUCAGGACGUAGGAGCGCAUCGGAAGUCUUUUAGAGACAGCAAGAAUCCAGUCGAAGCUGAAAUGUGGAAACGAGUCUUCUGGGCUCUUAUCUCAAUCGAACGGUAUCUGGGCUCAGUCAUAGGCCAUUCAAGUUGUGUUCAUCCCCCGGACUGGGAGCUUGACCUCCCCAAACAUCUUCCACUUGAAGGAAAGAAUAUCGAGUUUUUCCGACACAGCUUGAAACUCGGUUCCCUCAUGAUGGCAACUCGAACCGUCCUUUGGCCAGUACGAGCCCGAAAGGAGACAAUUUUUAGUAAUAUUGACAAGGCCCAGUGGAUAGCCCGGCUGGAUUCGUCGCUCAAGCAUUUUUUGGAUGAACUUCCUGAUCACC